AUGCACUUAACGAUUAUCGAUGGUGAUGAAGAUCUUCGAAUUCAUAAUAUUUCAAUUUUACCGUCGGACCAAUGUGCAACGGAGGAUCAAAGGGCCUCUAAAUGCUGCUGUGGUGAUGGCUUUUUCUAUGAUUUUCCAAGAAAACGCUGUGAAGUUUCCCUAAAUGUCAGCUUUAUGUUUGGUCGUUUGAACAAUGGAUGGUCUCAUAUGGUUGUUUAUGGAUUUGUUUAUCCGAUGCUUCUCCUUACUCUCAUAGCACCUUUAUGUGCCGUUAUGUUAGGAAUGGGAAAACGAGAGAAACGAGAUGGCGAUCGUCGAUAUCCGAAUCCUCUACACCAAAUGAUUUGGCUCUUAGCAACAUGUGGAUGGAUAAGUGUUCUCUCACCCAUGCCUUUCACUGUCUGGUAUUAUAUAAUUGGCGAUGGGACGAGGUCUCUCAAUCAAUCAGUAGCAAUGUGUCAUCUGUUUCGAACAUCAAUGGAAACCAUUCCACACACCGCUGAUACAAUGAUGACUUUAUUUGGAGUUUUAUUAGCAGCAGCCAGAUUCUUAACGCAAUAUCAUCGAAAUACUUUAAAACUGCGAACGGUUGAAAGAUUCUCAAGAGCUAUUUGGGCAAUUAUAUUCAUUUGUAUUACCUUGGGUAUUCUGCGUUUCUUCGAACAUGACACAACUGUCUAUCAGUUUUGCAUGGAUACUGAGCCAACUCCUCAAUGGGCAUCAAGAUGUAUGAUACGAGAUGGAGCUCUCAUGAACAUAGGACAUCGUUCUUUUUGGAAGGUUUUUCUCCCGUUGGCUGAUUUUGUUGUUCAGUUUUUAAUACCAGGAUUUCUGCUUUCAUUACUUCACGUGGGAUUUAUAAGAGAGCCAGAAAUAGAUAUGGGAACUCUUAACAGACAUAAUCGAUUUGGACGAACACCUCGUGAUCAGACAAGAAUCUUGAUUACUACCGUUACAAUUAGUUUUUUAAUAGUUCAAGUACCGUCAGCUUUCAUAACAACCUUAAGCUUAACUAUAAAUCAUUUUGAAAAUAAUAGAUUACUUAAUAUAUUGGCUGUUUCAAGUGGACAUAUGCAGCCGAUUCUUUCAAUUAUAUCAAUUGCUGCUAACUGUGCAGCACUCCUGACAGCAUAUUAUGUUAUCGUAAAGGAUGAUGAUGAAGAUGUUGGAGAUUCACGUGCUUCUCUAUCGGAAACAGAAGGACCUAACGAUCUACUAUUAGCUCAUCAAGAACGUCGAAAUACUAGGCAAGUCUGGAAAGAUCUCCGAAGAAUAUCUCGAACAUAUCUGAGUGUGAGUCACUCAUUUGAUACGGGAUCUCUUCGAUCUUUUUCCCGAAAAGGAUCGGCUAUACCUGAUGAUUUGCUUUAA